AUGCAAUCAACAAACAACGACUGCGUCGCCAGUCGGAACUACACCAUAAACCAGACGACUGCCCAAACCCAUAUGCUACCUUGUGGCAGGGUCGGAUGUCCGGUCGUUUUCGUUUAUGGUGUUGGCACCGACUGGCUCACGGUCAGUUGCCUGAUCACCGUUGCCUCAUCAACUGACCACUCGCCGGUCUGCAAGGGCGGCAAGCACAGCAGGCGCUGGGUCCCUGCGCAGCUCGCGCCUAAGAGCAUUGCGAGCGGAAGAAAGCGGAGAAAAAGGAGGAUGAAAGAAAACAAGAGCUCGAGGACGACGAGUACACCGAGGAUGUACAAGCCCACAUCCGUCACCUGCCGCGGAUGUCACAAGGUCAUCAUCAUUGACCAACGCUCCAGAUACUAUCCUGGACUAUGGGUCAAGCACAGGGGAAAGUGCCCCGGCAUCCGCGAGAUAGAGGUGAGCUAAUUUC